AUGGCCAGUGCUACCAAAAUCCAAUUGGUGAUGGACAUCAUUGACGGCGCGUUAUACGACAAAUCCAAUCCGUGGAACGGGGCAUUUGGACGGGUGGAAGUUCUGACCGGCCUGUCCAGGUUGAAGGUGCUGAUGUGCGUCAUCCUGCUGACUUCGGUGCUGAUCGUGUACGGGACCAGCGCGGAAGUGGUCAGCAACGCGAUCGGACUCGUUUACCCUGCGGUGGCGACGAUAUCGCUGACCGUCUCGCCCCCGAUGUCGCGGAAGUACGAACGCGUGUCCGCUGCCACCGAGGCCUUGAACGAGAAGUUCACGUACUGGAUGACGUUCACGGCGAUCCUGAUCCUGGAGUCGCUCUGCCGACCGGUCCUGCGGCUCUUACCGCUGUACCAAAUGUGCAGGACGUGGUUUUUCAUCUGGUGUUUCGCGCCCAUCCGGGACAACGGCUCGGCGUACAUAUAUGAUGCAAUCAUAAGGCCGCAGUUCGAGCACAGUGUCGAUUCGGACUGA